AUGAGUUCCCCAACUCGACGCACCCAGAGCACCUCGCCGUUUGGCGGAGGGCUACUGAACCCGCGGAGGGAACCAUGGAUGCUAUCGCCGCCCAACCCAGACGUAGAUGGCCUCAUCGACGCGAUCAUGACGAGGCUGAUGGCCAACCCGAACGACGGCCUUGGCCCUCGCUUCAACACGCAACUCCUGCAGAUCUUCGAAGGCUUCCGCCAUCUCCAUGACGAAAAGUAUCAAUUGCAGACGGACGUUCAGCAGGAGGCCGAACGUCGCGCUGCCGUGGAGCGCGCCAUGUGUGAGUCUGCGGAGCAGUGGGAGGUGGAAAGGCAGGAGUUCAAGGCGGAGGUGAAGAGGUUGGAGCUCAUUCUUGCAAAGGGCGAGCGCGGCUUGGCCGAGGUCACUCUUGCUCGGCAAGACAGUGUGUUGCGUCGGGGACGUGGGCGUAAGGACAGGAAUCGGGAUACGACUUUGGAAGCUGUCUUUGAGUUUCUCGAGCGAUCGCGGCGAUACGAAGAGCAUUUGUGGCAUUCACAGCGAGGUGAGUCGGACGCAUAUGUCCCUUUGCACACGGAGCUGAUCAGAGCCGUAGCGACGAUGAAGAAGAGACCCGCGUCUCCUUCCGCAGAAAUGAGACGUCUAUCAACGCGCAUGACCCUUGCAUCAUCCAAUUCCAACCUCCACCUCAACUUCGCUGUAGGCACGCCGCGAGACGUGUCAAUUCUGGAGCAGCGAACGCAGCAUUCCCCGGCCAGAAAGAGCAGCGCCGCCCUUCCCGAGUAUCCCCCAAUGCAACCAGUGCCCAGCUCGUAUCGAACCGAGAACGACAUCAGCCUCUCCAAUGCCAGUGUCUCGGCUUUCAGCUGCGAUGGUGACCUGUUGCCCGACGAGACCUCCGACUUGAGUCUCAUUCAAGCUGCAGGAACGGACAAUGAUUUGGUGGCGAUGAGUCGUAUCGCGCAGAUUCUCGCGAAGCGCCGCAAGGUUGAUCCAGAUGCGAUCAUGGACAAGCUCACCAAACUCUUCAACGAUGAGCCCCUGGACAGCGAGGGUGUAGGCGAGAUUCAACGUUAUGGCACACCUCGUCCCUCACGCGCAGCGACUACUGUAAUCAGACGAGCGACCGGCGAGCCAAGCUUAGUGAAGCAGCCUACAUUAAAAUCGAAAGCAUCCAGCUUCUUCUCGAGAUGGAAGCCGCAGCUUCACAUCGACACCGCAUCCCCUUCAAAACGCCGGUUCUCCUUCGAGCCCGGCGACGACAUUGACGCCAGUUUGAGCGCACCUGCGUUGGAAGCCUCACCUGCCUCGACUACCCAAGGACGUGUGCUUCGCAAAAGCGCGUCUACCUCUGUACUGUUGGGUGGCGGAUCUAUCGACGAUGCACAGAUUGAAGCUUCCUUACCUCCCCUUGCCCAGAGUCCGACAACAGUUGUAUCGUCCGAUGAGUCUCGAAAACCAUCGAGGAUCCCCACUCCCGUGUACAGCUCAGCAUCACUUGCACAACCACGAGCGGAGCGCGACAGCUCGCAGUCCAGCUUGCUCACCGCCAUCAAGCAUACAAGCCAGCUGUCUCAGAGAAGCGAGUCGUCAUCAUCUUCAAGCUCGGAUGCGAGCCCCGCCGCACAUACCCACAGCGAGAUAGCGAGAGCGGUGGGGGGUCUGGGGAUCAGGCAGAGCCCAGCGGGGAGGAGUGUAUCAAGCAAUCAGCUGCUCGAGCAUACGAAUCUGCUGCGAGGCAACGCGUUUGCUGCAGCGGCUGCGCGAGCCGCCACCUCUGCCAGCGCCACAGUGAAUGGAGACGAUGGCAAGCCAAACGGGACAUAUCAUGCACGAAUGCGCGGACGCCGCGGGGACGCAUCAUCGCAGUCUAGAACGUCACGGUACUACCGAGACCUGCUGACCAUGUACCCUCAGUCGCGGGGAGAAAACGACGAUCCAAUGGGAGGUGCAGACAGGAAUGCGACAUUGUGA